AUGGGCAACGGUAGUAAUAAAAUAUCGGUUAAUUUUCAACGUCUAGAAGCAUUUUAUUUUUCUGAUGAAAUUGUCACAGGAACUGCUCAUUUGAAUGUUAUCGGUAAUGAUCGAGUUAAAGUCGAUGGUGUCUAUUUAACAUUAACCGGUGAAAUUGGUUAUACGACUACAAGAACUGUUCACACAUCUAAAGGUGGUACACAGACACGAACAGAAUAUCAUCAUGUGCCAUUUUUUCAAUCAAAAGUUCAAUUUGCUCUACCCGAACAAUCACAAACUGAACUCGUUUAUACUGAAGGACAAUAUUCAUGGCCAUUUUCUGUUCCAUUAACCCCUUAUUUACCACCCACGCUCAAUCAGCCAGAGAGAUAUCCACAUGUUCGCUAUUACGUCCAAGUUGUUCUCGAUAAACCAUGGUAUAAACCAAAUACUCGUCAAACAUUUUAUAUAACCGUCUUUCCUCGUGUAAAUCUACUACAUAUACCAAAUAUUUUGAUGUCAACAAUAUACGGUAAUCAAAAUCGAAAAGAUAUAUCGUUGAAGGGAACAUUGAAUAAACUUGGUUUUGUACCAAAUGAAGCUAUUACAUCUACACUAGAAAUUGAUAAUCCAAAGCAUAUUCUUAUUAAACAUAUAAAUGUUUCUCUAAUUGAAACACAUCAGAUUGCAUAUAAUCGUCGAGGACAUCAUAUAUUUCGAACAACCUUACCACAAGUUUUAAAUACACGUCAAGAAAGAAUUUGUGAAACAUUUUCAGUCAUUAUACCUUCAAUAUAUUUAGCACCAUCUUAUCAAUUUUCGGGUGGUUUUACAUUAACUGCGCACGUCAGUAUUAGUUAUGCACUCAAAUUUGAAGUUAAAGUUGAAGGAAUAUUUACAGAUUUUGAUGUCACGAUACCAGUUACGAUUGGAACAGAACCGGCACCAUCUCAAACAGGAUUUAUACCACAGAAUUUGUUACCUGUUACAUAUACUACGCCAGUUGAAGAUACAAGCAUAUAUAAAGACGAUAGUGAUUUGCCACCAAGUUAUGAGUCGGUCGUCGGAAAAAAUAUGUAA